UGUUUCACCCCCCUCAAGUUAAGUUUUAGCCCCUCCUCCCCUGCGGAUGCACACACUCAUGCACAUUCAUGCCUGGCCUCACCCUUACCCUCACAUCCUUAUCAUAACUUCCAGGAUGAAUCUCAAAACUCCCUGGCCUGAGAGUAGGGCCUCUCCCCUAGGAGCCACCACACCAGGCUCCCAGCCCCCAAUGCAGCCCUCCUCCACCCACCACCUCAUGACCGUGCUUAACUUCUGCCCUUUCCUCUGCUGUAUGACUCGCUUUCCCAGAGUUAGAGAUCCAUUUGUGGCCAUGGGCCUAGAAGGGUGUCCAGAGUUAGUGGCUAUCAAUUUGAGUCUAUAGUGAUUUUUGGCUACUUUGGGGAGUGAGGAGCUGAGGACAGGCUCCCCACACUCAGUGAAACUUUGCUCCACACUUUGUAAUUUUGAGGGGUGACUAGUUUGGACUGGGUAGAGAAGCCUGUCCUGGGGGAGCAACUGAGGUCUGUGUCUUGCAUCAGAGUAGUUCAAGGCCAGGGGGAUAGACUAUCCAUUCCAUUUUUUUCUGGGAACAUGGAUGAGGGUCAUGUGGGCCCAGGACACAUUUGCCAAUCCUGAAAUCCCUGACUGGGCUCUCCUGGUCUGCCUGGAGCCCCCUAUGUCCCUGGGACUGGGGCUGCCACAGAGACCGGCAGAAGUGGCUGCAGCUGGCUGUCUAGUUGCUUCCUCUUCCUGCCUCUCCCUCCCGAAGCCUCACCCUCCCAAAGCAGCAGCAGCAGGAAAGGUGGGGCAGGAAUGCCUAGGCCAGGCCCUGGGCCAGAGUUCUGAAGCACCCACACAACUCUGCUCCAGAGCCAAAUCUGCCGGAGUCCUAGGCUCUACCAGGGCCUGUGACACCUCAUGGCAUCCUUGGGGUUGGUUGGGGAAGGAGACCCUGAAACCAGCACCCUGGUCAUGUGCGGCCCUGAGGAGGCGGCCCUGCUGCGGCUGGAGGAGGUCUUCUCAGCCACUCUUGCCCGCAUCAACAACCUUAUUCUCCAGCCUCUGCUCUCCACCGAUCCAGAGUCUUCAGAUCCCCAGGACAGAGAAUGCCUGCGGCUCCUUCAACAGCUGCACAAGAGCUCCCAGCAACUGGGGGAGGUGACUGAGGAGAGUCUGUACUCCCUGUGGGAGAGGCAGCGCCACCCGCGCUCCUUUGGCUUGGAGUCCCUGCUGCUGCUGCGCAGUGCUGACCUCGUCGUGCAGGUCCACAUGGAGUACAUCGAGUCCUACACGAGCUGUUUGGUGGUACAGGCCUUUCACAAGGUGGCAAAGAGCAAGAGUAUGUACUGGCGUGGACGACAGAAGGUACUACGGCAGAUCCUGACAGGCAUGGGUUGUGAGGGCUCCUUGGGCACCACACUGGCCCAGGCCCUCCGCCAGCCCCUUACCCAGCACGUGCAGCAGUACGUGCUCUUCCUGCUGAGCCUCAGGGACACCAUCGGGGAGCGUCACCCUGCCCAGGAGCUGGUGAUGCAUGCAGUCACCGUCUUCAGGAACCUGCAAUCUUUCAUGGGUCAGGCAUUGGACCAGGCUGUGGCCACACAGGCUCUCUGGCACACCCUGAGUAGCCAGCUGAGGGAUGUGCUCUGCACCCCUACCCACCGACUCCUGCAAGACAGCCAGGACGUCCCUGUGGUGGUCACCCCUCUGCGGGCUGAGCGUGUGCUGCUCUUCGAUGAUGCCCUCGUCCUGUUGCAGGGCCACAAUGUCCAUACCUUUGAUCUGAAGCUGCUGUGGGUGGAUCCUGGGCAGGACAGGUACACGUUCCACCUCCUCACACCAGAAGAAGAGUUCUCCUUUUGUGCCAGGGACCCCCAGAGCCAGGUGGUCUGGCAGUGGAAGGUGACCCAGGCCGUGUGCCAGGCCCUACGUGGGAAGAAAGACUUCCCGGUGCUGGGGGCGGGCCUGGAGCCAUCAGAGCCUCCUGUCUGCCGCUGCGGAGCCUACACCUUCCGCGCUGAGGGCCGGCUCUGCCAGGCGACCUACGAGGGCGAGUGGCGCUGGGGCAGGCCCCACGGCAAGGGAACCCUGAAGUGGCCGGAUGGACGGAAUCACGUGGGGGAUUUCUUCAAGGGCCUGGAGCAGGGCUUUGGCAUCCACCUGGUGCCCCAGGCCGCUGAGGACAAGUUUGACUGCUACAAGUGCCACUGGCAGGAGGGCAGCAUGUGUGGCUACGGCAUCUGUGAGUACGGCACUGACGAGGUGUACAAGGGCUACUUCCAGGAGGGCCUGCGGCAUGGAUUUGGGGUGCUCGACAGUGCACCACAGGCGCCCCAGCCCUUCAAGUACACAGGCCACUGGGAGAAAGGCCAGAGGAGUGGCUAUGGUGUCCAGGAGGACAGUGACAGGGGUGAGCGCUACAUUGGCAUGUGGCGGGCUGACCAGCGCCAUGGCCCAGGGGUUGUGGUCACUCAGGCGGGUGUCUGCUACCAGGGCACCUUCCAAGCAGACAAGAUGGUGGGCCCAGGCAUCCUCCUCUCUGAAGACGACUCCCUGUAUGAGGGCACCUUCACCAGGGACCUGACGCUCAUGGGCAAGGGCAAGGUGACCUUCCCCAACGGCUUCACCCUGGAGGGCUCAUUUAGCAGCGGGUCAGGGAAAGGACUGUAUACACAGGGAGUGCUGGACACGGCUGCCCUCCCACCAGACCCAAGCAAUAUCUGCAAGAGGCAGCUGGGUCUGGGUGCCUUCCCCGUGGAGAGCCGCUGGCAGGGAGUCUACAGCCCCUUCUGGCACUUUGUGCUUGCCGACUGCCCUGGAGACCUGCAGGAGGCCCUGCUGGGCUUCCAUAUGCAGAGCCCGAGGGAGCUGCGCAAGUCCCAGGAGUACCUGUGCUGUGAGAGGAGCCACCCCAAGGACAGUGCGGGCAAUGUGGAAGACAUCCUAGAGGAGUUACUGCAGCACCGGGAGCCCAAGGCCCUGCAGCAGUACCUCAGGAAGGCUCUGAGCAAUUCGCUGCACCCCCUGGGAAAGAUGCUCCGGACCCUGAUGCUGACCUUCCAGGCCACCUACGCGGGUGUUGGGGCCAACAAACACCUACAGUUUCUGGCCCAGGAGGAGGUGAAGCAGCAUGCCCGGGAACUCUGGGCUGCCUACAGGGGUCUGCUGCAGGUUGCCUUACAGCGCAAGGGCCAGGCCCUAGAGGACGAAGAUGAAGAGACAAGGGAUCUCCAGGUGCAUGGAUUGAUGCUGCCGCUCGUGCUGCCCAGCUUCUACUCAGAGCUCUUCACGCUCUACUUACUUCUUCACGAGAGGGAGGACGGUCUCUACAGCCAGGGCAUAACCCACCUGAGCCUGUUUCCCGACACCAAGCUGCUGGAGUUCCUCGAUGUGCAGAAGCACCUGUGGCCCCUCAAGGACCUCAAGCUGACGACCAAUCAGAGGUACUCGCUGGUCAGGGACAAGUGCUUCCUGUCUGCCACCGAGUGCCUGCAGAAGAUCAUGACCACAGUGGACCCUCGGGAGAAGCUGGAGGUACUAGAGAAGACAUAUGGGGAAAUCGAGACCACGGUGACGCGGGUGCUCGGCCAGGAGCACAAGCUGCCCAUGGAUGACCUGCUGCCCUUGCUCGUCUACGUAGUGUCACGGGCCCGAAUUCAGCACCUGGGAGCCGAGAUCCACCUGAUCCGGGACAUGAUGAACCCUGUCCACAUAGGAGGCCUGUAUGACUUCCUGCUCACAGCCUUGGAGUCCUGCUACGAGCACAUCCAGAAGGAAGACAUGAGGCUGCGGCACCUGCCUGGCCACUGGGACUCCAGGGAGCUCCGGUAGCCCCGUCUUUCCGGGACAACAUCAGCACUGAGAAGGCCACGCAGACUCCCCGCAGGAGCAGGCAGCGCCAUCUGCUCCCCAUCACCCAGGGCCAAGGGCAGGACGGGCCCUCGGAGGCAGCUCUUGGAGGAGAUGGGCAUUUUGUUUUUCAAGGAGAGAUGCUGCUGCUGUCCUCCCAGGGUGAGGUGAGGGGCGACAAGUGCGGCCCCAGAGCGCAUGGGUUUCCGUUGGUCACUAGGCCAGCCUCCAAUGACCCCCUUAAUCAGCAGCAGCUCCUAGUCUGGGGUGAGGAGUUGCUGGCUUUUCAGACUGAGUCUUGCUUCGGAGUUGCUGAGCCUCUCUGGGCCUCACGCUGCUGCCUGUCAAAUGUGGGGGAAGGGUAGAUGGCCCAUAAAGGUCCUUCCAGCCA